AUGGUAACUUCACAGAAUUUAAUAAAUACUCAGAAUAUGACUGACAUUUCAUCAAACAUCAGUACAGAUUGUUUGGCCAGUUCUCCAGUUAAGGAGACUGUCUUUAAUGAGGCUGACCAACAAAUUCUAGAAUGGGCUGGUAAAUUAGAAUUAGAAAGUGUCGACCUGAGAGAGAAAGCUGGUGAGUUGACUACUGUUCUAAAAAGAAAUUCAGAUCGUUUAUAUUCUGUAAUGGAACAGUUGAACAAAAAUCUAAAAAAUAUUGAGCAUCAAAGUCAAACACCAGCAGAUAAAGAUAUAGAUUCUGAAAUGUUAAAAAUUCUAGCGAAAAUAGAAAAGACAAUUAACGAUAAUCUGGGAAAGAGUAACACAACCCAAGGUAAUAGGGCUAGUAGAAAGAGGACAAGAGGAUCAGAUGAUUUCGAACUUCAUAAUAAUAUAGAUUCUAUAGUCAAGAAUAGCAUUGAAAAAUAUAGCAAAAGUAUUGUUAAGCCGGUUAGAGAUAACCAGACUAAAAUUACAGAAUCAUUGAAUUUUAUGAAUGGGAUGAUAUUUAACUUUAAUAAUCAAUUGGAAAGCGUAAAUAAAAUAUUGGGCAACAUGUCUUCUAAUUUAAAAUCCAUAAAUGAUAGACAGGUGCAUUUGGAAAACAUGUUUAGUCAACAGAAAAUAGCCAAUGAUGAUACAAAUGCAAGUAUUCAACAAUUACAAGGUACUACGCUGAAUAAUGAAAUAUAUGAGAAAGUUUGUUAUAACAAAAAUAGCAUGAUGUUAGAAAUUCCUUCAACAAAGAUUGGAGCUAUUACAAGGUCAAAAGCUGCCAUUGUCAAGAGACAAGAAACAAAAACUAAUCGUAAUAUAAUCCCUUGGGAUGAGUUAAACAUGAACUACUCUUCAGAAUUGUGA